GAAACGACCGCUUAUUUCCAUGUAACUAUUUAGGCUGUUUUGUUUACCCAGUGGCGGCACGGUGGACGACUGGUUGGCACAUCUACCUCACAGGUCUGAGGACCCAGGUUCAAAUCUGGCCUCGCCUGUGUGGAAUUUGCAUGAUCUCCCCGUGCCUGCCCCCGUGCCUGCGUGGUUUUCCUCACACAUCCCAAAUGCAUGGUAGGUUAAUUGAAAACUCUAAAUUCUCCAUAGGUGUGAAUGUGAGUGGAAAUGGUUGUUUGUUGAUAUGUGCUCUGUGAUUGGCUGGCGACUAGUUCAGGGUGUACCCCGUCUCUCGCCCGAGGAUGGCUGGGAUGGGCUCCAGCACGCCCGCGACCCUUGUGAGGAAAAGCAGUACGGAAGAUGAAUGAAUGAAUGAAUGUUUACCCAGUGGUUAUGCGAGAAGUUGGAUAACUUGGUGUCCGUGAAGGCAUCACGGGCCAUGUAAUCGGUCAGCAGCAGUGUUCGGUCGCAGUCAGUGUGGCAGCUGGGAAUGCGAGGACGCAUCACGAGCGGCUAUUUUGAGCGACGGUGUUGUCCGGGGAAUAGUCACUGGGCUGGGCUCGCCAAGAGGACAGACGCCCCCGUAGCGCGUCCCUCGGUCAGUAAGCUGUCUUCGUCGAAGUCCGGCGUGGUGGACUGACUAACUGCACCUCCAAAUGGUCAGUUGACUGAGCGUGGCUGUUCUCUUUCACUACGGAACUGUAGUGGAAUUUUUAAAAAAACGAACCCGAAGUGUCAUCGUUAUUCGAGUGUCCUGCCACUGGGUUAAAUGAGACUGUUUCGCCGCGACCGGACCUCACCGCACACGCCACCCAUGGAGUGAAGUCGGCCCGGCGUAAGUGCGCACAACCUGCCGGCGAUUCCCCCCAGCGUGUAAGCCACAAUAAAUGAUAGAGGAUACGAUGACCCUGCUGUCCCUAUUAGGUCGUAUAAUGCGUUAUUUUCUGCUCCGACCGGAGACCCUUUUCCUGCUGUGCAUCAGCUUGGCACUAUGGAGUUACUUCUUCCACACGGACGAAGUGAAGACCAUCGUGAAGUCCAGCCGCGACGCCGUCAAGAUGGUCAAGGGGAAGGUGGCCGAAAUGAUGCAGAACGAGCGCUUCGGCGGCUUGGACGUCCUGGACGCCGAGUUCGCCAAGACGUGGGAGUUGAAGAGCCACAACGUCGCCGUGUACUCCAUCCAAGGGCGGCGAGACCACAUGGAGGACCGCUACGACGUGCUCGCAGACGUUAUCAACAAGACCCACCCGUCCAUAUUUGGGAUUUUUGACGGGCACGGCGGAGAGGCUGCUGCUGACUAUGCAAAGGCUCACCUGCCGGAGGCCCUUCGUCAGCAGCUGCUAACCUAUGAACGUGAGCGAGAGCGGAAUAGGGAAAAGGAUAAAGAGAAGAAUGGCAAAACGGAAGGCCUGUCCUACCCGUCUAUCCUGGAGCAGCAGAUCUUGAUGUUAGACCGAGAAAUGUUGGAAAAACUCUCUGCCACAUACAAUGAAGCAGGCACCACAUGUCUGGUGGCCCUGCUGUCCGAUAAGGAACUGACUGUCGCCAACGUCGGCGACUCGCGCGGAGUCCUGUGUGAUAAAGACGGCAACGCCAUUCCUCUAUCUCACGACCACAAGCCGUACCAGCUAAAAGAACGCAAGAGGAUCAAGAAAGCUGGCGGUUUCAUCAGUUUCAACGGUUCGUGGCGCGUGCAGGGCAUCCUGGCCAUGUCCCGCUCCCUGGGCGACUACACCCUGAAGAAUCUCAACGUGGUCAUCCCCGAUCCCGACGUCCUCUCCUUCGACCUGAACAAGCUGCAGCCCGAGUUCAUGAUACUGGCGUCGGAUGGCCUCUGGGACACCUUCAGCAACGAAGAGGCCGUGCGUUUCGUCCGCGAACGCCUGGACGAGCCGCACUUCGGCGCCAAGAGCAUCGUCCUCCAGUCGUACUACCGCGGCUGCCCCGACAACAUCACCGUCAUGGUGGUCAAGUUCAAAGGCAAGACCGGUGCGCAAUAGAUCUCUUUCAAGUAGCUGUUUGGAGUUGGGAUAUGCAUAAUAUUCGAUUAAUUUACCACUGAAGAUUCUGUGUGGAAUUCAUUGUUGAUUAUAUCAAAGCAAUGAAGGCAAAAUGGAGCGUGACACUGCAUGGCUGCGACCAGCUGACACGGUGUAGAUUCACUCAACUACAGAACCCCGUUUAGUGCAGGAGAUAUAGAGACCAUGUAAAAAACAUUUUUAUAUUAUUUAUAUUUGCUCCAGCAUCCUCACUUGUCCAUAGAAACAUAGUCAUGAAUAAGCUCAUGGGCUCAGACAGUUGAGGGGAAAAAAACGUCUUUUUAUACAGUCAUGGCUAGAAAUAAUGGCACCCCAGGCGUGCCAAUAUUUUUUAGCACGACUAUACGUAUUAUAUAUUCAUAUAUGUUUCAGAGACACGGCACAAGCUUUUACAUAGUAUGCAGUAUUCCUAUAUAUUGUGUGCGCCUCACUCAAGUAGCUUUAUAAUAUUUACGCCGCAGAAAGUCUUUGUCGUGUCUGUUGGUUUGUCAUAUAGGCAAAAGUACAGACGACAGUACUACAAAGUACUGCGUGGGUCUUUUUUUCCUACUGCCCAGUGAAUAAUAACCAUAAUAGAGUCGUAGGUAUAUACAAGGAAAUCCUCACCUCUUGUCUGCGCCAUUUCGACGGCGGACCAUGGCGGCUGCGAGAUUUAGUUGUCUUGCUGACGGUUGAGGUCUCGAUGGCCGCAGGAAAAAUAGUUGUCACCGCAGCUGGUUUCAGCCUUGCCUAACUACCCCUGUGUAUCCAAUGCCUUCUGCUGAGUCUUUCUCAGAACACGCCGGUUCGAAGUGAUCACCACAGAGUUUAGAAUGCUUGCUAGGCACCCAUAGCUGACCACGUUUCUUCCCCUGUCAAUUGACUUUCCCAAGCCGCUGCUCACAAGUUCAUUUUUCACUUGGAAAGCCACAGAAACUCUUGCCACUGCCUCAACCAUUUGCACAACCAAAUGCCACACAAAUAACCAUCGUGCAUUCGCUAAAUCAUACGACAACAAAUAGACAAGGCAUGGAACAAUAGCACAAAAUGCCGAAUGAACAGGCUGUUUGGCUCGUGUUACGUCACAGCGCCGGAUAGAGCCGAAGACCGGAAGGCGCGAGAUGCAAAAACCAGAAGGCGCAUUCUGAAUCAUAUUUAUCCAUUUAACUGCCUGUUUAUCUGCUAUAUAAUCACUUCAAAAUGGCAGAUCUGUUUUGUAAAGGGGUUAUAGAGUUAUCAAGAAAAUUUUUAACAUCUUUUUCCACUGACCUAUAAACACCUAAAUGGUUAACCAAACUAUAUAAUUUUGUCUCAUGAAAGUCUGCUAUCAUAAUGCUAACAAUCAAUACGAAACGUUGUAGACAGACUAACGGAUAUUAGCAUAGAUACUACAGUAAUUAGAAACCUUCAAAAAACAGCAGCAACACAUUCAAACAGAGCAUACAACAAUGCUAUUGCAAUGCAUAUAUUCUCUUUGCUCUGCGGGAACAAUGCCUAUUACUAUUAGUAUUACUGGAGAUAGCGUAAUAAUCGGUUAAGAUGUUAAAAAGGGGUACAAAGUACAAACUUGACUUGGCUAGCAGGCCGACAUCCACUCUACAUGGCACAACUGCUGGGGACAGUAAUGUUGCUGCUCAAUACAACAUUGGCAUGGAAACAGGAAUUUAAAAAAUCAUAUAUUUUAAACCAUCCAUUUUCCAUUAUGCAUUCAUCCUCAUUAGGGUCGCGGGCGUGCUGGCGCCUAUCGCAACUGAAUCGCAGGGCAAUAUAUUUUAAACAUAUCAUAUAAUUGAGUCUCUUCAUACUUAUAUGCACAUAUAGAAUUUUAUAUUAUAUAAUUUGUUUUUUAAUUCAUGAUUUAUAAACUAUUUUGUUUUAAAUCACAUCAUCUAUAAUCUGGGGGAAUAAUAUCAAGAAUAAAAAUCUGAAUUUAGGUAACUGUGCACCAUAAAUCUAAUACUGCUCUUCCUUACAAAAAUUGUCCAAAUGCAAUUUUAUUUGGAUUUAGAUUAGAGUCCAGAAGUUUCAUUUUCUUUUGUUGAUUUGGGGAUUUAUGCUUGGCUCAUUGGUUUUGGGCCAAAAUUGAGUGUUAAUUUUUUUUCUCAACCUUGACUAAAGCCCCAUCAUGAUGCUUCAAAGUGGCUAUAGUUCAACUGGUAUUGUUUUUGCACUAGGGGUGUGGGGGGAAUCUAAGUGAACGGAUAUAUGUCGGCUGUAACAAUGCAUUGUGACACCACUAUUUUAAAUGACCAUAUUUGCGUAGCGUUUCAUUUUCAACGUGUUUGUCAGGUCACAUGUUUCAGCUUUGUAAUCUCCCGAUGUUUCCGCUGUUCGUUAAGGUUUGUACAGCAAUAGGAGGAUGAAUGUGCUUGUACAGCAUGGGACUGCCACGUUUUAUCAUUUUUGAACGUUUUAGUUCAUAAUAAACGAUUGAUGAAUUUUUGUUUUUGAGGACUUUUUUUAUUUGUGUUCCGAGUCAGAACCAAUUUAUUAGAUUUUUUUUGCUCUGCUGCUCAUGCAAACGUUGGAUAGAAUUUCAAAAGGUCACUUUAAAUAAAUGUUAAAAUGUAAUAACAUGACCUUCAUGAAGCAAUGCAUCUCUAGUGACACUUAACGGUUGCUGGAUGAUGUAACACUGAAAUGAAACAAACAUUUGAAUGACGUGUAUAAUUGCUGCCUUAUUUUUAACGGUUUGUUUCCUGUAAUAUCUGCUGCCAUUUUUCCCCCCAAAACGUGUGCCCUGCAUGACUAUAGUUUCACUCUCUAAUAAGCCACAUGUAAAGUAGAAAUGUUUAAAAAAAAUGUCUCCAAGUGACAUAAAAUGUAAGAUGAAUGUACAUACUGUGCAGAUCUGGGCAUCCUCAUUACUUGUUGCCUGCACGGCAACAAAGAAAGCAACGUAGAUUGUAUUACAUCAGCAAUAUUUUCAAAUGUCUUUUGUUUGGAAUUUUUUCCAUUCAAACCUAUGUCAUUCAUCAUGAACAUUGCAGAAUGUUAGUUUGGCAUUUGUAUAUGUGUGCUUUCAUAAACUGUAUGGAUUAAAAAAAUAUAUUUUAAGAUGUAAUUUAGAAAAAAAGUUAACAUUAAA